AUGUCCCGGAGGACGUUGGGUGGAGGUCGUGUUCUAGGCACCCCGACCGCGCUUUCAUCAGCCCCGUCCCCGUCCCCGCAGCCGAAGCCAAGAGUGCUUUCGCCAACCGCCAGCAGCGUGUCCCUCAGUUCCCAGACAUCUAUCUCGCAGUUCUCAACAGAAACCCAAGAUCUCACCUCCCGCAUCUCCGUCGAGAAUGGCGACACUUCUAUAUCUGCGGCGCCGGCGGCUCCCGGAGCUCAGCUCUCUUGCCCGAUCUGCAGUGAGGAGAUGGUUACCCUCCUCCAGCUCAACAGACACCUCGACGAUCUACACCAGAAUCUAGAAGAUGACCGACAAGAUGAAGUGAAGGAUUGGUUCAAGGUCCAGAUGGAGAAGGCGAGGAAAUUUCAGCCUCUAGCUGUGUUGAAUCAAAAACUCAAGGGCCUUGAUGUCUUCGAAUCAAAUGAAAAUCAAACAGCCCCAGUCGCCAGCCGCCCUUUGAGCAUCACCCAUGCCGGGCCGUCCGAUAGCGCUCCUAAACUACUUGAUCCAGAAGACCUUAUCACAAAGGAGCAUUGGCAAAUUGGGAAUCUUUAUGACACCUGUCUGGAGCCGUCUUGUGGUAAACGCCUGAACAGCACCAACGGCUGCGUCAACUGUCGGAAUUGCGGCAAGCUAUUUUGCGAAGAGCAUACCAUGUACCAAAUGAAGCUAUCUCGUUCAGCCCAACCUGAACCAGUCAGAGGUAUCUGGGCUCGGGUGUGCGAAACCUGUUAUAAGUCAAGGGAGGGUUAUAAUGACCAUAAUGGAACAAUAAGGGACCAUACGCAGGCAUUCAAAAACAUCAGAAAACAGACGGUGGACAAGGAUUUCCUCGAGGUUUCCCGACUCGAGAAACGGUUGACUCGGCUUACACAAUUGCUCGCUGGUCUACCACCGGAUCAGAUACAGUCCAGCACGACUAAAUUAAUCUCCAUCCCCUGGCAGAGUGAUCAGCGAAAAGCUCUUGAACAGAGUAUUGUCAGCUGGCAAGAUGAUGCCAGCGUUAGCAGAUGUCCUUUCUGCCAGCAAGACUUCUCGGGGUACUCUUUUCGGAGGCAUCAUUGCAGAACUUGCGGGCAGGUUAUAUGUGGUGAUACCAGUACAGGUUGUUCCACUGAGGUGGGACUAAGCAUCGCACCCCUGUCAAAAACAUCAGAGAAAGCCGCUGCAGACCGUUUAAUCAAUGUCGAUAUCCGACUUUGCAAAGAUUGCAAGACAACAUUAUUUGACCGGCGUGAUUUCCAAGCAGACCUUUCGCGCAAGCCCCCAGAGGUUAGGGCGUAUGAGAACCUGGUUCAGUUUGAAAGAGGCAUUCGCCUUCAUCUUCCCAGGUUCCAGAAGCUCCUUGCUUCAUUGCAAGACCCGAGAAGACCACCAUCUUCGGCACAAAUUGCAGAUGCUUCUAGGGUCCGCAAGCGACUUAUCGACUCCUUCUCGAAGUACGAUGUUGCAGCUCGACGUAUCCGCGACCUGCCCACCAAUUCUCCUACACAGCAACGCUUACAAAAAGCUAUAUAUCAGCAAGCCAGCGCUUUCCUUCAUCUUCACAUGCUCCCUUUGAAAUCCCUUCCGAAGGUACUCAAGCACGCCUCUCCGUCGAGGGACUCUUUACCAAGUCGUACUUCCUCCCCAAGCACCCUGGUCAACGGAUCACCAGCCCCCAUCAAACCACAAGAUUCCGCGCUCGCAUCAAUUGCAUACAACAAACGUCUCGCACCCAAUGGCAGCAACACAAGUCUAGCCAGCGACACAAGCAGCGCCGUCUCCGCCCUCGAAGCAGAAGAGAAAUCCCUGCGGGAGCGCCUCAUCGUACUCGAAGAACAGAAGUUCUUCGUGUCUGAAAUGAUCGCAGACGCCAACCGUCGACGAAAAUUCGACGAAGUAAGCAGUCUUGCCGUGAACGUGGAGGACCUGAGUCGCGAGAUUGACCGAGUCAACGGCAUGCUGGCCAGUCUUGACUUCGAAGGUGUCUACACUGGGGCCAACAAUUUAGAGGUCAGCGGAUGA